AGAAUACUCUACUUGUUAACAAUCUAGGUAGGUCCAACUUAGUGGCUUGUCAUAAUAACAAUAGCCUCCAUUAAUUAUGGUUAAAGUUUGUUAGCUGGAAUAAUGCAUUUAACUAGGCUUUUGACUACUGAAUUGCCCGUUUUAAACUUGGCAAACCUUGGAAUCAAAUCCACAUCCACAUCGUUUGGCGAAAAGGUGACGGAGGAGCUAUACAACGUUCAGAGGCUAAAUCGGCAAGCAUUUCCUCUCCCAGGAGACGACAUGGCCUCAAAUAUAGAAUCUGUCGAACACAGCCACCUGCAUGCCCCAAUGGAGCAGGGGCCGUGGCCUCCUCCUCGGAUUCACUCGAGCAACAGACCACAGUUAGUGGUGGCACUGCUGCCAAUAUGGAGACGGAGUGGGUCGAAGAGGAUGAGCCCGGCGUGUAUAUUACCAUCAGAGCUCUGCCUCAUGGUAGACGAGAGCUCAGACGUGUUCGUUUCAGGUUUGAUUUUGGAAUUGGAAACUGUUUACAAAUUACAGCCAGGAGAAAUUCGGAGAGACGCAUGCUAGAGUGUGGUGGGAACAGAAUAGAGCAAGAAUACACGAGCAGUAUUUAUGAUAAAGACAAUGGCGUAUGCAAGUGUUUUUUAUAUUAGUAAUACAUAUAGUGAGAAUUUUAUGUAAAACCUUUGUGCUCUAGUGGUAACUCGUUGACAAUGCCUUUCCGCUUCUCCGAGUUUGAAAAUCCCUUUAUAUUUUUAUUCUCCUUAUCUUAUUUUUUUAAUUAUGUUUGAAUUAUUUUUUAUUUCUAUGCUCAAUGUUCAUUUCUGUUA